CUAGUGUGACAUCACCGGGCGGCCCGCCUCUGUCUGGGGCUGAGGGGAGGCCCGGAGCCUUUCUGGGGCCUGGGGGAUCCUCUUGCACUGGUGGGUGGAGAGAAGUGCCUGCAGCCAACCAGGGUCAGGCUGUGCUCACAGUUUCCUCCAGCGGCAUGUAAAGGCUCCACAAAGGAGUUGGGAGUUCAAAUGAGGCUGCCGCAGACGGCCUGAGGAUGGACCCCGAGCCCUGAGCAAUGCUGCCUGCAUUCCGGACCUGCAGAGCAUGGCACUGAGGCAGCUGCUGGCUCCCGUGAGAGAAGGCAGGUUGUGAGCGGCCUGGCAGGACCCCCGGGCAGCCCCCGCCCCAUCCGCGGCCGGAGCCCCACUGCAGAGGCAGAGCUGAGCUAGCAGAGGCCAGUGAGGCAGGGCUGCUCGGCCGCCGGUCUGGCCUGUGACUCGGGGACCCCUCCAGGAGGCCAUGGCCAGGCUGCCCCACUGACGGCCGAGGUGAAGCAUGUGAGGAGCUGCCCUGGGACCAAGGCAGGAGGGAAGAGGUUUUCAUAGGCUCUGUUUGCAAAGAAGAACCACCAUUCUGUAAGGACCAUGAGGCCACUGUGCAUGACAUGCUGGUGGCUGGGACUGCUGGCCACCCUGGGAGCUGCUGCAGGCCAGAAGGAUGGCUUUGAGGGCACAGAGGAGGGCUCGCCCAGCGAGUUCAUCUACCUGAACAGGUACAAGCGGGCCGGCGAGUCCCCAGACAAGUGCACCUACACCUUCAUCGUGCCCCAGCAGCGGGUCACGGGCGCCAUCUGCGUCAACUCCAAGGAGCCCGAGGUGCUCCUGGAGAACCGGGUGCACAAGCAGGAGCUGGAGCUGCUCAACAACGAGCUGCUCAAGCAGAAGCGGCAGAUCGAGACACUGCAGCAGCUGGUGGAGGUGGACGGCGGCAUCGUGAGCGAGGUCAAGUUGCUGCGCAAGGAGAGCCGCAACAUGAACUCGCGGGUCACGCAGCUCUACAUGCAGCUCCUGCACGAGAUCAUCCGCAAGCGGGACAAUGCGCUGGAGCUGUCCCAGCUGGAGAACAGGAUCCUCAACCAGACGGCCGACAUGCUGCAGCUGGCCAGCAAGUACAAGGACCUGGAGCACAAGUACCAGCACCUGGCCACGCUGGCCCACAACCAGUCGGAGAUCAUCGCGCAGCUGGAGGAACACUGCCAGCGGGUGCCCGCCGCCAGGCCCAUGCCCCAGCCGCCCCCCGCCGCCCCGCCCCGUGUCUACCAGCCGCCCCCCUACAACCGCAUCAUCAACCAGAUCUCCACCAAUGAGAUCCAGAGCGACCAGAACCUGAAGGUGCUGCCGCCCCCUCUGCCCACCAUGCCGACCCUCACCAGCCUCCCGUCCUCCACAGACAAGCCGUCGGGCCCGUGGAGAGACUGCCUGCAGGCCCUGGAGGAUGGCCACGACACCAGCUCCAUCUACCUGGUGAAGCCAGAGAACACCAACCGCCUCAUGCAGGUGUGGUGCGACCAGAGACACGACCCCGGGGGCUGGACCGUCAUCCAGAGGCGCCUGGAUGGCUCCGUCAACUUCUUCAGGAACUGGGAGACCUACAAGCAAGGGUUUGGGAACAUUGACGGCGAAUACUGGCUGGGCCUGGAGAACAUUUACUGGCUGACGAACCAGGGCAACUACAAACUGCUGGUGACCAUGGAGGACUGGUCUGGCCGCAAGGUCUUUGCAGAAUACGCCAGCUUCCGCCUGGAGCCUGAGAGCGAGUAUUACAAGCUGCGGCUGGGGCGCUACCACGGCAACGCCGGCGACUCCUUCACCUGGCACAACGGCAAGCAGUUCACCACCCUGGACAGGGACCACGACGUCUACACAGGAAACUGUGCCCACUACCAGAAGGGCGGCUGGUGGUAUAACGCCUGUGCCCACUCCAACCUCAAUGGCGUCUGGUACCGUGGGGGCCACUACCGGAGCCGCUACCAGGACGGAGUCUACUGGGCUGAGUUCCGAGGGGGCUCCUACUCGCUCAAGAAAGUGGUGAUGAUGAUCCGGCCCAACCCCAACACCUUCCACUAGGCCGGCUCCCCGCCUGACCGCUCGUGGCUGUGCUGGCCCCAGCACACAGAGCACCUCCUCACUGGGUCACCUUGGGGCCGGGAGGACUGGGACGCUGGACUCUUCCCAAGUCACUGCGACAGAUAACAGAACUGAAUCGAAACGGUAUUCUCUGUCCCUACUACUUUCUUAACAUCAGACAGCCCCUCGUGUUCUCAGACAGGACAGGACUGCAGUCAAGUCUUCCCUUAAAUAAAUUAAGUCCCUACAAUAAAAACACAACUGCAAAAUACCUUCAUGAUAUACACGUGUGUGAGCCGACCUUGUGCACUUGCGUGUGUACCACACGCAUAUGCAUUCAGAUACACACACACAUCGUACAUCUAGAUACAUAUACAGGUUUGCCUUAUACACCUAACACACGUAGACUCAGUUCUCGGAUGCUGAGGCUGUUGACAAGCGCUCUGCUCUUAGGAGAAGAGCGUUUCAUUGAUGUUGCGCUACUUGAGCCUAAGAGCAGGUCACAGCCUGUGUAGCUCCAACUCAAAGAAUAAUCCUUGGCUUCCACAUGCCUGGAUUCUUCCAGGAACGUCCACAGUGCUACCCUCUCACAGAGGGGGUCCCAACUUCCUUGCUUAGGAUCCCCUUUUGGCACCUAAUCAAAUUUCAGACUCCACGUCCCCGUCCAUUUUGAUACCCACCCACCCACCUACCCAUUCAUCGGUGCCAUUUGCUAAGUGCCUUCUGUGCAUCAGUCCCAGGCCACUGUUGUCCAGGCACCUUUCCCACUCUUCUCUACUCCUUGCCUACUUACUCCUGACCUCUUCUGUCCCCCUGUGCUUUCCCUCCAGGCAAGAUCCCUUAGUCCCCGAGUAGGAAACAGUCUGGACUCCGUGUUUCUAGUCAGGAAAGGGGAAGUCAGGCCUGAAAGGCCUGCCACAUAGAUAACGGUAUUCGCAGUCUUGUAUUUUCAUUCAUACUUUAGCCUACCUGUCAUUUUAACCUUCACAGAAAUAAUUACCCACCUUGCCAGCAGAUAUUCAAUUGAAGCAAAGUCAUAAUCCAAUCAUUGGGGGCCCCAAGUGGCUA